AUGGCGCGACGGGCGCAGGAGGCGGCUGCCGCCGUGGCGCCCUGCGCCCUGUGCGCACAGGGGGAGCCCCGCGCGGCGGAAUGGGGCUGCCGCACCUGCCGGCGGUCGUUCUGCGCGGCCCACGCGAGGACUCACCUGGCGGCGGACGGCGCGGCUUUCCGGUGCCCAGCCGCGGAGGCGGCCGAGGAGUUGCGCGCCCUGCGGGACCUGGAGCGCGGGUGCGCCGAUCACCCCGGGCGCCCCUUGGAGCUCUUCUGCGACGAGUGCGCGCGCUGCGUGUGCGCGCUGUGUCCGGCUUUAGGCUCCCACCGCGGCCACCGAGUGGAUCUCAUCGCCCACGCGGCGCAAGGCAAGCGGGAAGUCAUGGUGUUGUACUUGAAACAGUUAGCGCUAAAGAAGAAGCAGGAAGUGGACAAUACAAAACAUAUAGAAGAAGCUACCAACGCACUUAAGGCGCAUACGUUGGCAAGUAAAAGCUGGCUGACGGGAAAGUUUGCCGAACUGCGUCUCCUGUUUGUUGAGGAGGAAGCCUUGAGCAAGAGGUGCAUCGAUGAGAAGGCCAAGAACACCCUGGGGACCUAUGAAGAACAAUCCGAGGCCUGCGAGGGGCAAAUUAGGAUCGUGGACAGUUUCACGGACAGGAUCAGACAGAUCCAGCUUCAGCCUGACCCUCUUCAUUUACUGAAGGACUACAGUGCAAUAGAAAAGGAAAUGACGAAGCAGCGGAUCUCCGCAGAACAAUUAGUUCCGGUGCCUGUGUCGUUUGAACACAUUACAAACCACUUCAAGUCCUUUGUGGAGACGGUUCGGUCCAUCUUACAGAAGCCGCUCAAAGCUCGGCUCCAGGAAGACGUUUUUAGUAGCCUUAACAGCACCUUGAAGAAGGAGCCCUGGUUCUUGUUGCAAGCAAAUUCACGUGUCGAUCGGUCACUCUUCUUAAAGCACGCAAGAUCCCCCACCCUGGAGAUAAACAGUGUGCACCCCAGGCUGACCUUGUCUGACGAUCGUCUUUCAAUAAGCUACUGUUGGAGAAGGCGGCUUUAUCCCUCAUGCCCGGAGAGAUUUGACAAGCUCUGGCAGGUCUUGAGCAGAGAUUCUUUCUUUGCCGGGAGCCAUUACUGGGAGGUGGAUUUGCUUGGGGCUGAGCAAGGGUGGUGGAUUGGGGCAGCUUACCCAUCCAUCAAGAGAAAAGGAGACUCCGAACUUUGCCGGCUGGGGUGGAACCGAGCGUCUUGGUGCAUCAAGAGAUUUGACUUUGAGUACUGGGCAUUCCACAAUGGGGAGAGGAUCCUGAUUCAGACCGAAGACGACCCAGAACGAGUCGGGGUUUUUCUGGAUUAUGACGCUGGGAUCCUGUCCUUCUAUAACGUGACGGAUGGCAUGGCCCACCUGCACACCUUCCGCUCCAAAUUCACCGAGCCCGUUUACCCAGCACUGAGGUUGUGGGAAGGGACAAUAACGAUCCAUAAGAUAACUUAAGGGCCGUGUUUCUCAUCCGGAUGUAGAGCAGCCACACCCUGUCACUAUUGCACGAGGGCCUUGAGAUUCUUCAAAAGAAAAUACCACACCGUACUGCAUCUCUUCCUAGAUGACAACGUCUCUUUCAGAAAGACUAUGGGGCUAAGGAGGCCGCAAUUUCACACAAGCACAGCAGUCAAAAAUUUACAUUCCUAAGAAUCUCAGCUCUGUUGCUCAUCUUAUUAUUAAAGCACGUUUCAUGUGGUUUGCUGACUCACAUUCGAGUAUGUCAAGCAUCUCAAGCUAUGUGAUAUCAGUGAUGUUUCCAGUGGCCAGGAGAUGGUGCUUUGAGAGUUCAGCACCAUGCCUUUUCUCCCCCACCCUGUUCCCCCAUCCCAUAACCAUCAGAAGCAAAGUCUUAUGUAAAACAAGGAACUUAGUUCCUACAUGCCGGUGCUGAACCAGUUUUGGUUACAGACAAUUGGUUCUCCCGUACGAAUAGUCCCAGAUUGGAAUGCAUUUCCUAGUCAGCAUUAAAAGACACAGUGAGCCCCAUGCAGUGCAGCCACAAAGAGCAUCACGGUAUGGAUCUAAUGUAGAUAAAAUUCCUCUUGCUAUAGAGCAGGGCAGUUAGUUAAUUUACAUUGAAUUCUGUGACCUGCCUAGAUUUUCUUUUAGGGCGGGGGGAGUGCAGAACCUUACGCCUAGGGUCCUUGCCCAGCCCCCUCCUGGGGUCUCAAUUUGGCCCUUGUGGGGACCCCCGGGUGGCCAUGCCCCUUUCCCCCCUAACCACUGAUUUCUGACUUCUAAAAGGUUGAAAUGCCUCUCCUUAAGGCGUGGUUGUCAGCACUAAGAGCUUUAAGAUAACACAUGCUGGCAUUUUGCUCUUGCCCAUUUUGCUUUCAGUCUCCACCCACCAAUGUGGCCCUCGAAAUCUCCCAGACUGGAAUGUGGCCAUUGGGCUGAAAGGUUCUGCAACCCUGCUUUAGGGGUACCUAAAAUUGUGUUAUUUUUAGUGCGGAGUACUUACCAACGUAAUCUUAAAAAUACCAGGAAAAAUCAAACCACUUUUACCAUGGUCAGCUUCUUACUAUGUGAAAGAUGCUCUUAGCAGGUUAUUUUUCAGCCCUGAGAAGUAGUGUGACUCACUGGCUCAGGAUGUGGACUCCCCCAGCCUUGCUGUGAAAUCGGGCAUGGGGCGCUCUGAUGUCUGUGUCCCGGUUUCCCCACCUGCAGCGGUAACGACAAGCGGCCUCGCAGGGCUGUCGUGAAAGGAGGCAGAGUAGGGACGGGAAGCACUUGGCGCUUUAAGAGCCGAAGCAAUCGCUGACUUCUGACUUGAAAAACUUUUAAACAGCCUUUCAAAUGAUGUUGGUACGAUUUUUGGAGACUCCUCUCUCGCUUGUAUUAAAUUCUUUGGGGAAGGAUUGGACCCUCUCUGGCUGUAUGCUUGAUCUGCAUUAGGGCCCCAGUCGUGAUUGAAAUGGAGCUCCUGAACUAAACAUAGUUUUCUCUUUAACAACAAAAUCAUCCUGUGUGCCUUGGAAAAAUGCAACACUUCUGCUUGGUAGAUAAUAAAAUCUCUUUGAACCGGUGACUUGC